AUGUCUUCGCCUUACUAUAACCAACAACCAGGCCAAUACUACGGAGACCCUCAGCAACAACAAGGGGGUUAUUAUCCUCCACCGCAACAAGGAGGCUACUAUCAACCAGCACCACCACCACAGACAAUUGUAGUCCAACAAGAAAGACCACCAGAGAAUGAUCAUUCUUGUUGUUGGGGAUGCUUGGUUGCUAUGUGUAUCUGUUGCGCAUUAGAUGAAAUAUGUUAA